CCCCCAACACCACCAAAGCCCCUUUUGUUAACAUAAAGUUUCUGUUUCCCACACACUCGCGGUGCAGCAGGAUCGGGGCUGUUUCUUUAAGAGAAGACUCGACCCUCCCCACGUGACAGUGUUACUUUCACUUUCCCCGGGCGAACGGUGCGAGCCUAGCGCAGUUUUGUCAAUUGGGAACAAACCCACGUUUCUUUUAACACCGUUUUACGGAAAAGCCACGAGACAAAACUGCGGCUCUUUGAUCGCCAGAAUUAGCUGAGCAACAUGCGUGAGAAACGGGACCAGUCAGUGACCAUGUCACUGUCCCAGCCAAAGGGGUGAAGUCUGGCCACACCCGGGAGAUUUUAAACUUCCCAGAAGACCCAACCAGAUUAAAAUUAUGACAACUGAUGCUAAGACAUAUAACAUUCAAGCAGUAUAUGCUUGCUUCAAAAGUUUUAAAGAAAAUCAGAUCAAUGAAGCAGUGGCAGUCACUGGCUAAGCACCUGAAUGCAGAAUUUGUUGAAGGGCUCAUUCAGCUUUUGACAGCAAUAGCCUGUUCUGCAGAUCAAGUUACAGUGAAGAUGAAGCUUCUUUCAUUCUGUCCUAGCUCUGCAGUGAGCACUUCUCUGCCUACUUUGAUCAUUUUCUUCAUUAUUUAUCACAUUCACAAGCUGGAAUCAGCCCGGUUCAAUGUGACCAGUCCUGGUCACCCUGUCACUGCUGUUGUGGGUGAGGUCAUUGUGUUACCCUGUCACCUGUCCCCCAGGAUGAGUGCUGAGAACAUGGAGGUGAGAUGGUUCCGAUCUGAUUUCCUUUCAUUUGUGCACCUGUAUCAGCAUGGGAAGGAUCAAUACAGAAACCAGAUGCCAGACUAUCGUGGAAGGACAGAGCUUCUGAAAGCUGGCAUCACGGAUGGGAAUGUUUCCUUGCAGAUUCUUAAUAUCAGACCCUCAGAUGAAGGACAAUACCACUGUUUUGUUCAAGACGGUUCUUUUUAUGAGGAAGCCCCAUUGGAACUGAAGUUAGCAGCUUUGGGGUCCAAUCCUCUCAUCUCUGUGGAGAGUCACCAGGAUGGAGGGAUCCGGGUGGUUUGUCAAUCAGCUGGGUGGUACCCAGAGCCCAAGGUGCUAUGGAGAGAUCCCAGUGGGCAAGAAUUACCAUCACUGUCUGAAGCAAAAUCCCUAGGGGAUAGUGGCCUGUUUGAAACAGAAAAUUCUAUUAUUUUAAAAGAACAUUCAAACCAGAACCUGUCCUGUUGGAUCAGGAACACCGUUCUCAAUCAAGAAAAGGAAUCAACCAUUUAUAUAGCAGAUUUCUUUUUCCCAAGGGUGAAUCCAUGGAUGGUGGCUCUGAGUGUGAUUCUCCUGGUUUUGUUUGGUUUCAUUAGCCUCACUCUUUAUCUAUUUAACAUGAAAGGGAAACAUCUUGGAGAAAUCAGGAAACGUGAUACAGAAAUUGAUGAUCUUCAAAGAGAACUUGACUGGAGAAGAAACGUCGUCUGCCCAGGGCUGGGAAGUUCUGCGCCACCUGUACAAGAAGUGAAUGUGACUCUGGAUCCAGACACGGCUCAUCCCGACCUCGUCCUGUCUGAGGAUCGGAAAAGUGUGAGAUGGGAAGACACACGGCAGCGACUGCCCAACAACCCUGAGAGAUUUGACACUGAGCCCUGUGUGCUGGGCUGUGAGGGAUUCACCUCGGGGAGACAUUGCUGGGAGGUG